UUUUUUUUUUAAAUCUGUCUGAUUUAUGCAGCAAACAUAUUAAGCCUGUUAUAAGAAGACAUAAUCUACUCUAGAAGGACUGUUGAUGUCAACCAGAAGUUAAGUUAGGGCCACAAAAGCAUUCAUGCACAGUGACGUUUGUUUAUGUUGUUGUAUGUUAUACUUACACUUAGAAAAAGUCUAUAUUAGAGCUAUAUUUGUGCUCCUAGAGUCUAGCACACAUCUUCUGGACUGACUUUACAAAAAAAAAACACACACUAUAAAAAAUUGUUUCGAAAUAUUACGAGCAAUAUUAUUAAUUAAUUCAACUCAUUAAAAUUAGUUAUAAUUAUUCAAAUGAUAUGCUUACAGUGUACCAUUGAAAAUGAGUAAAACAGCUUGAAAUAAUUAAGUAAAUAAAAAAAAAAAAGAUAAGAAUAAAUACUAUGCUAUGUGAGCCAGGCCAGUAGAUGGCGAUAAAGAAACAACCUGCUAAAACGUAAUAUUCAUGCACAUGACAUAACCUUUCACAAAUUCACAUUUUUGUUGUUUACAUGGAGAUGACACAGGCAUCGUGUUCAAAAUUCAUUCAUUCCUGCAGGAGAAGUCUUUACGCUGGACCAUUUUGGGUCUGAAGGGACUAAAUAGACAACAUGAUGGGAAUCGAGAAUUUACCAAAUAUGAUCGUAUGGUUCUUUUCCUGGUGAAUCACCUGGAAAUGUCUCAAAUACGCUAGGAUCAGAGCAUCCAUUCUUCACAGAGCAUCCUCUGUUGGUAAAAGGCCAGAGGUUUCUAAUUUUGAGGAUUUUAAGAUAAACCUGCCAACGGGAUUUGAACCUAAAGAGUUAGAUAAAAGUCCAGGGGUAUUUUGCACAUUGCAUUUAUAUUCUGGCUUCAUCUGCUUGCCUGUACAAAAUAUACAUCACGUGACAUCAGGUGAAGACUAUCAGAUUUGUAGGUACACAAGGGUUUGUUGAUAGGCAGUGAAUGGUAUUUAUUAACUGAGCAACCUGUUCCUGAAUCAACAUCUUUGUUGAUCUGAAGAACCCGUUUAAGAACCCGGUGCUCGUACAGCAAUCAGUCUGAUUGUAGGCGUUACUUAUGGGCAAGGUUUGGCUUAGGUGUAGCAAUAUGAUAAUUUUUCGAUUAAAAUAUGUUGACCUGGGAACAUGUGGAAUCAGGACGUGCAUCUGGAUGGAAGCACUGAACAGAACUGAGGUAAUUGAAGCUAAUUAACGACACACACCUGAACAGAAGGACGUAGUUAACAGAGACCAGGUCACACGUGGGGACUGAAAACACAAAAAAGUCCAGGGGUUCUGGCUUCAUCUGCUUGCCUGUACAAAAUAUGCAUCACGUAACAUCAGACUGAAGACUAGCAAUUUUCUGGUUUCACUGAAUGUCCUUCAAACACACCUCCCAUUGUUUGCCGUGCAGUUACUUUCACUUUCAUGUCACACGAUUCCUGUUUACUUGCUCCUACAGUUUAAUUUUACAUAUCCGCAUCAGAGCUUAUGAUAAAAGCUCACUGUGCUGAAAUGAAAAGCGUCUCUAUUUUAAAAGACUUUUAUUGGCAAUGUGUGUGAUAUAAAGACGACCUGAUAAACUAGCUGGUGGAAUAAAUGCAUCUGUCUUCAAAAUGAGCCAGGCAUACAAAUGUUUCUCAACUCAAACCCAAUGGCUGAAUGCACGUGAUUUAGCAUUUUCCCCAUUUCUCUACUCUGCUGCCUUCUUCCAGUUUCUCUUCCCCAGUCUCUUCGAAUGCUGAAUUCCUGAAUAUGUGUUUUUAAGUGUGGGGCGGGAACUGCUUUGUUAGCUUGCUCGAGCUAGCUAAUUAUGUUUCUUAGCGUGCCUUUCGGUGCUAGUGUUGCGCUAAAGCUCGUCAUUCUGUAGGACUACGCUGUCAUUUAGGCUAAAUCUUUCUAGUUGUUACGUUCACGUGUUCUUUUAAAAGCGAGCAACUUUUGACAUGAUUUAAUACAAGCCAGGUAAACAAAGUGACGCACUCGGUUACCUGAACUGAAGAGGACAGCUUCACAAGCAGCAAGAAAUACUGCCAUCUUCGCGAGAUAAGAAGACGAAACAACAGUAAUAACAAAAACAGCAUGGCAUCAGCACAAAGCGACUCUGAUGAAGAACAUGAUUCACGUGAGCUGAGGAUUGUGUUGCUGGGAGUUUCUGGAGCUGGAAAGAGUUCAACCGGAAAUGCAAUAUUGGGUCGAGAGGCGUUUAAAGAGAACAGAACCAGAGAGAGUGAGAAACAGAGAGGAAGAGUAGAAGACAGAAACAUCUCCAUCAUCGACACGCCAGAAUUCUUCGACAUUUAUCUGACUGAUGAAGAGAUGAAGAAGCAGAUGAUGAAGAGUCUGUAUCUCGCUCAUCCUGGUCCUCAUGUGUUCCUGCUCAUCAUCAACCUGGAGAACUUCAGAGAGGAGCAGAGGAACAUCGUGGAGCAAAUUCAGGAGAAUUUUGGAGAAGAAGCUUUGAGGUUCACCACGGUUUUGUUUAUUGGACGAGAAAAGGUCUCCAGAAGAGCACUGAAUCAAAUCAUUGAGAGUGAAGAAACGCAGAAAAUGAUGGACUACUUUGAGGGAAGAUUUCAUGUGAUAAACAGCAGAAACGAGUGUGAUUUCGGCCAGAUCGUAAAGCUCCUGAAGAGCAUCGAUGAAAUGAGGAAGAAGAGUGGAGAGCGACACUACAGCAAUGAGACCUACCUGAAGAAUCUGAGAAAAAUAAAGGAGCGGGAGAAAAUGAAACAAGCGGAAAACAGAAUAAAACAAGAAGAAGCGAGAAUGAAACAGGAGCAGGUUUGGAAAAGACACACGGAGAUGAAGAAAACACAAGACGACAGUGAUACGUGGAAGCAGAAAAGAGGUUUAAAUCAGGAGGAAAUAAAAAUAAGAAGCAAAGAGGAGGGCAUAAAAGAUGACAAUGAUAGAAAAACAGAGAACGUGAGUAAGAAUAAAACACUAAAUACGAGAGAAAACGAAGCUGCUGUUCAGGACAAUCUCAGGAAACAGAUGGAAAGUCGGAGAGAGAAAGAAAGACAGAGAUGGAAACUAGAAAGAGAAAGCACACAAGAAAAUCCAGCAAGACCAGCGUCUGAGGAAAGCCAAGAGAAGAAACAAGAGGACAACAGCGAACAGGCCACAGAAAAAGAAACAGAGUUACAUGGUCAUCUCCUCAGACUUAUGAUGGGUCUUGAGUUAAGUGAGAUGGCUCUGAGGUUGUCACUAGAAAGAGCAAUGCUACACAGAAAUCUGACAAGACAAGGCCUGAGGAUUGUGCUGCUGGGGAUUGUUGGAGCAGGAAAAAGUUCAUCUGGAAACACCAUUUUGGGCCGAAAUGUGUUUCAGGCGUGCUCAGGGUCAGCCACUGAGAGCUGUGAGAAACAAACAGCAGUGGUUUCUGGGAGAACCGUCUCAGUAAUAGACACUCCACCACUGACAGAGUUGUUGUUCUUGUUUCACCAACAGCAUGAAAUCGAGAAAAGUGUAGAAAUGUCUGCUCCUGGUCCUCAUGUGUUUCUGCUGGUUAUUAACCUGAUGGGGUUCUCAGAGGAAAGGAUAAACACAGUGAAAUGGAUCGAGGAGAACCUCGAAACAGAGGCUUUAAAUCACACAAUCGUACUUUUCUCUCAUGCCGACUGGAUGAAUCUGCUGAUGGAUGAGCCUUUGAUUGAGUAUAUCAAAAACCACAACGCUCUAAAAUCCCUGAUUGACAGCUGCGGGGGCAGAUAUCACUCGUUCGACAAUAAGGAAAUCCAGAACCGCGUUCAGGUCCUAGAGCUGCUCGUGAAGAUUGUCGAAAUGCUGGAGAGUAAUGGAGAGACACACUACACCAAACCGAACAUAUUUAAAAGUGUCCUAAAAAAGAGUCAGUCGAAUACUAAACAAGACGAUGCAGGUGGCUGUGAAAUACAGUAAGACCUGUUUAAACCAAGAGCGACAGUCAUAACUAUAACCGUAGCGUGCAAACUCGAUAAUUACAUUCACAUAAUAUAAUAAUAAAAUAAAUAGAAUUUUAGUCAGGGUCCUUGGUAUGAAUGAGCCUCACGAGUGUCUGUCAUCUGAAUGGAGGUGUUAUAUUAUUUAUUUUAAUGAACAUGAUAUAAUUUUGACAUUAUGUAUAUGAUUAAAGAAAGAUUUAAUUCAAAUGAGAAACACAUUUGAUAUCACAGGACUGGAUGGGACACCUAUUUUUUUUUUAUUACAAAAAAAGCUAUUUGAUUUUAAUAUAUUUAUUUAGUUGUCUCAUGUUAUAUCGAAAUGUAUACAUUUCAUAAAUGCUUGAUUUUGUACUUUCUUUUACAUCAGUCAUCUGUUAUCAUGGAUGUCUUGAACUUGAUCCUGAACUUGAGCUACUGAAAACACAGGAAGCUUUUUUAUUUGGUCUGAAGCAAUCAGUUUAAUUCAUAUGUUAUGUUUGUAGUUUAUAUUAGCCCUCUUAAUGAAAUACUAAACUUGUUGAAAAUUAUACCAUCGUUUGGGUUUCAGUAGUUUGGGAGGAGGAGGAGGGUCAUGAUGAGUGAUGGAUCAAACGCAAAAGCAUUCCUGGGUUGGUCAGAAAUGAAUGUAGAGUCAUAAAAUAGAUUGAGUGACGUAACAAUGAAAAGGCGAGUCACCGUAUAAGUGACUGUAAUGAGAACCGGAUCUGCCAGAAAACAACAAAAGAUCCGCCCAAAAGAAAAAUGCCAUUCAUUCCAGUUAAACAUCUGACGGAAAGAAGCACACGGUCGUGUCGAAGAUACGUUAUUACCUUAACUCUAAAACAGAAACUCCAGAUGAACUGAGCUUAAUCGUGCCUGUUAACCGAAGGACUCUAUCGGCUCUAAAACACUGUCAUUGUGAUUCUUGUCAUCAGGCUUAGACUACUUCGCUGUACAGAACAGCUCGAAUAGUUUCAUAUUUAGGUGCAGUGUGUGAUGUUUAGGAUCUGUUGACAGAAAUGUAACAUUCACAACUUUUCAGAGGUGUAUAAAGACAUAAUAUACAGAUGUGUUUUUUAUUACCUUGUAAUAAACUAUUGCAAAUGAGUGACCAAUUAAAUGACCAAUAUUGAC